UUUGAAAAUCUUCUUUCUCUAGAGUCCUACUCAAGUGGGGACUGCUCUUCAAGUUUUUUAUAACCUUGGAACUCUGAAGGAUACCAUUGCUAAUGUGGUGGAUGGAUACUGCACAGUUCUGGAGGAGAACAUAAAAAAUGCUUUGGAUAUCAAAGUACUGACCCAACCAUCUCAAACUGUUACAAGAGGUGGGCCUGGAAGAGCUGCUAUGCCAACACCUGGGAACACAGCAGCUUUUCGGGCAGCUCUCUGGACAAACAUGGAGAAACUCAUGGAUCAGAUCUGUGCUGCUUGUGGACAGGUGCAGCACUUGCAGAAACUAUUGGCAAAGAAAAGAGAUCCUAUUUCACAUGUCUGCUUCAUUGAGGAAAUAGUUAAGGAUGGACAGUCUGAUAUUUUGUACAAAUUUUGGACUGCAGUAACUCAGACUCUUUCCUCUCAGUUUCAGUCUGCAACAGACUCUUCUAUGUUUUUGAAACAAGCUUUUGAAGGAGAAUACCCUAAAUUACUGAGACUUUAUAAUGACUUGUGGAAGCGCCUGCAACAAUAUAGUCAAAAUAUUCAGAGGAAUUUUAACACAAGUGGAAGUCCUGAUCUCUUUGCUGAACUGCAACAAAUGGAGGAAGAUGCACAGGACAUAUUCAUGCAAAAAACCCAAGAUUAUGACCCAGAAAAGGCCUUGAAAGACUCGCUGCAACAAUAUGAAGCUGCUUAUUUGUCAAAAUCCCUAUCUCGACUCUUUGAUCCUAUCAAUCUUGUCUUCCCUCCUGGAGGUCGGAACCCUCCCUCUUCUGAUGAGCUUGACAGCAUCAUUAAAACGAUAGCCAGUGAGCUAAAUGUGGCUGCUGUUGAUCCAGACCUCAGUUUAGCUGUGGCCAAAAAUGUGGCAAAGACCAUUCAGCUCUAUGGUGUAAAGUCUGAACAGCUUCUGUCUACUCAAGGAGAUGCCAGCCAGGUGAUUGGACCUCUCACAGAGGGACAGAGGAGGAACGUGGCUGUAGUUAAUUCACUAUACAAACUACACCAAGCAGUUCUGAAGGUUGUUACCAAUCAGAACUCAUUCCCAGCAGCUGCUGAGGAAACGAUCACAACUGCCUUGAAGGCAGUCCAUGAUCUAAUGGGUAGUGCUGUUCAACCGUUACUGAACUCUGUAGGAGAUUCAAUAGAAGCUAUUAUCAUCACGAUGCACCAGGAAGAUUUUUCUGGGUAAAUACCAGUAUUUUUAAA